AUACGUUUGCAAUUAUCGGACUUUCGGCGUCAAGCAUGGUAAACGCAAAGAUCGCUUCGCUGAGCACAGCUACUGCCGCUCUCGAUGCGAGUAUUAACUCGCUUGCAGAGUCGCUGGAUCAUGGCCGAGUUUUGCGAGCAAGGAACCGUGGCAGUAGCAGUGCCACACCACCUCAGCAGGCAUCUGCGUCGCCCAGUGACGAUCUGCGUUCAUCCGUAAGGCAAAGGAAUAUUCUUGAUACACAGCGAACGUUCCGCUUCUGGUCUUCCUCCUACUCGGCUUUGGGAGCAAGCAGCAGAGAUGAGUACCGCCUCGGAUGCUCCAGAGCGUCCCUCCAGAGUUGUUUUGUGACUAAAGGCGGUUCCUUCAGACGACACGGGGAUUUUGACAAACGUUCAGGAGAAAAAAGAUCUAACGGUUCGCAUCCGUUAAGGUCACACACAAGGCAUAAUAGACAUGGAGGUCACUGCACGUGUGCAGCGGGACCAGCACAGUUUGGCGCAGGGAAGCGGCCGUACACGGUUGUGAUGAUUGUGCCAACCGGUGUCGGCGCAACUAUUGGGGGUUAUGCAGGGGAUGCGCUGCCUGUCGCACGCACUUUGGCAUCGAUCGCAGAUUGCCUCGUUACUCACCCCAACAUCGGCAUUGUGUUCGAUGCAGGGAUCGAGGAUGACCUGAGGUUGCGGCAUUUGCAGGUUGCAGACGCUGCACAAGCUACGCUUGGGCUGUCUUUAGGAGACUACAUAAUUACGGAUAUGCCCCUUCAGGUGGAGAAAUGGAUAGAUCCAAGAACAGGGGCUUCCACCGGGAGACUAGGCCGACCUGACUCGUUGAUGAGGGCAGUGAGAAAACUUUUGGAGGGAGAUGACAUCGAUGCGGUUGCAGUAGUUGGGCGCUUUCCUGACGACAGUGUUUCAGACUUGGAAGAGUACCGACAAGGACAGGGAGUGGAUGCGCUUGCCGGCGUUGAAGCUGUCAUCAGCCACAUGGUUGUCAGGGAGUUCCGUGUGCCCUGCGCUCAUGCGCCUGCACUUCAACCUAUUCCCCUUGAGCCGGUUUCUCCACGGUCUGCUGCAGAAGAGCCUCUUCUGAUCGCCGUGGAGGAGAACUGGACCGUUAUGGAUGACACUCCUGGGAAACUUCAGCUCAAUGCAGUCAUAGUCAACAACUACUGGGAGGCUGCAGGGGUCAUUGCUGCACACAGAGCCGGCGUCAAUCCCAUGUCUCUGCGCAAGGAAGGAGUCUCUUCCAUCAAGAGCAGGGAGCUGGAUAGAAGGAUGGCAGGUGUACAUCAGCCAGCAGAUUCUCAGUACUACCGGGAAGACAACAGGAUUAUGGUGAAUUCGUAUUAAGUACUAUUAACCAUGUGCAGUUAAGGGGAAAAAAAAAAAAAAAAAAAAAAAAAAAGAGAACCAUUCAACCAUGAGCAUACUAAUCAU